CAUUUGCGCCCCUCCAUCCCGAUUCGGAGUUCUUUACCUCCGGUAUAUUCAUUAUCAAUCAUCUACACACUCUCUUUUACUACUUUGAACUCAGUUUCAUCAAUCGCAAUUCCGUAUCUCAAAGAAUUACAAUUGGUUAAGAAAAUUCAACUACGGGGAACAAAAAGGCUCUAUAGCGCCAACGGUGAUAUUCAUAUACCAUUCUCAACCAUGGACGACGAUCUGUUUGAUGACGUACUGAACCUUGAAGAACAAUACUACAAAGAAGGUUACGAUGAAGGCUACAAGGAUGGCGCUGAGGCAGGUCGCAUUGAAGGCCGCUCCGUUGGUAUGAAAAAGGGAUUUGAGAAAUUCUUAGAAGCGGGCCGGUUACAAGGCAGAGCUAUAGUUUGGGCCAAUCGAAUACCCAACUUAUCGAAACAAUCGACACCUGACAGCAGUUCUCAAUCACAGUCGCAACCAGAACCAAAGGAGAAAUCAAAAGAACCACAACAAGAAUUGGAAGAGCCUGCAUCUAGCUCUCAAGAUGAGAAGAAUGAUCUCGAACCACAGACUCUCCCUCCUUUGAACAGCAACCCGAGAUUGGAAAAGAAUGUCAAUAUGCUUUACGGCCUUGUGGAACCUGGAACCUUCUCGACCAAAAAUGACGAUGAAUCAGUCAAUGAUUUCGAUAGCCGGAUGAAGGGUGCUCAGAGUAGGCUGAAGAUGAUCGAGAGAGCAGUUGGAGAAGGAUCUCAUAAGGGAUCAUCAGAAAGGUUCCGGCCUACUCAAUCAAGUCAAAAGAACGAGAAUAUCGAGGAUAUCGGAAUGAUAGCGCCGCGGUCGAAAAAGACGGAGCAGGCAGACGAUCAAGGCGGGCCGCCUUAAGCGUCUACCUUAAAAUAUGAAAUUAGCGAAAAACAUCUUCAUAUAGAUGGGUUAGUUGACGUUAUCUUGAUGGUCUCCGGAUACAAGGCAUGACUCGACUGCACAGGUCGAAUUGGAUACCCAAAUUAACAAUACCAAUAAUUAAGAACAUGCAAUAUUUAAUCCUCGUGAACUUUUAACAGUAAGAAAAUCUAGUAUUAGGGCCGAUCUGAUUUCUCAUCUCUGAUAUGUACACUUAGCCACUCGUACCCGUAA